UAACUGUGUGUUGUGAACCACAUCAAAAGUUAGCUCAGUGUUUUGUGUGUUGAAAAGCCAGUUAUCUCUGGAAUCAUACUUCCUCAACAUUACAUCCUCACAUUUUGAACAGUGCCCUGAGAUGACGUUUGUUGUUUCCGCCUCCAUAAUCUUUCUCCACCAUCGGCCUCCAGCAUUUGCAGACAUCAUCUGCCAGCCCGGACCUUGAAUGGGCCAGUCAGAUCCAUGAUGUUGACGAGGCUGUUCAGUGACCCCUCCCUGCUCCCAGAGGUGCAGAAGUUCUCGGCCUGGGCGGAGGACAGCGACGGAGAGGAUCACAAACUGAAGGAGGAGGACCAGGACGCGCAGGACGACGUGGACGCCUCGGACCUGAGGGGGGGCAGCCGAACGCACUCCGAGCACGCGGGGGAUGACGACGAGGACGACGAGGUGGAGGAGGAGGACGACGGGGAGGACACGGAGGGGGACAGGCCCAAGAAAAGGGGCCCCAAGAAGCGCAAGAUGACCCAGGCCCGGAUCGAGCGCUCCAGGCUGCGGCGGAUCAAGGCCAACGCCAGGGAGCGGACCCGCAUGCACGACCUGAACUCUGCGCUCGACAAUCUGCGGAAAGUCGUGCCCUGCUACUCCAAGACGCAAAAACUGUCCAAAAUCGAGACCCUGCGUUUGGCCAAGAACUACAUCUGGGCCCUGUCGGAGAUCCUGCGCUCCGGGAAGAGGCCCGACCUCGUGUCCUACGUGCAGACUCUGUGCAAGGGUCUCUCCCAGCCCACCACCAACCUGGUGGCGGGAUGCCUGCAGCUCAACUCGCGCAACUUCCUGACCGAGCAGCAGUGCCAGGAGGGGGGCAGGUACGGCUCGGGCUCCUUCUCCAUGCAUUCCUACCCGUACCAGUGCGCGCGCCUGCCCAGCCCCCACUGCCAGCCGGGCUCGAACUCGCUGAGGACGCACGGUUACUGCUCGGCCUACGACUCCCUGUACGGGGGGAGCGGCUCCCCGGAGUACAACAGCCCCGAGUACGAGGGGCCCGUCAGCCCCCCGCUGUGCGUCAACGGCAACUUCUCCCUGAAGCACCAAGGCUCCGCGUCCCCGGACCACGACAAGGGCUACCCUUACUCUAUGCAYUACUCCGGCCUGCCCGGCUCCAGGCCCGCCGGGGCCCACAACCUGGUGUUCGGCUCCUCUGGGGCCCGGAGCGGCAUUCACUCUGAAAACGUCCUGCCUUACCACGACAUGCACUUACACCACGAGCGCGCCCCCGUGUACGACGAACUGAACGCGUUUUUUCACAGUUAAACAAUCGGUCACGUGGAAUCACCAGGAUCGAAUGGCAUUCUGGGAACUCUCAUCAGUGAUCAAUGUUUUUAUUUUAUUUUAUUGUUUUGUUUCAUUUUUUGUUUCCUUUUAUUUGUUUUUGUAGUUAAGGUUCAGGAGGUUUAAAAAUACCCCCCAAAAAACCUGUUUUUGCGCAAUAAACGCAGCUCCAUCCUCUCCAGGUGGCGCAAAUGUUGGAACAAAAUCACAACAAAGAGGACAAAGAAUCUUUAAAAGUGUUAAUGUUUAUGUGUGGUUUGUGUUUGUGGUGCUUGUUUCUGCUCUGAUGACAGAACAUCAGAGUUUACACACUUUUUGUUUUCACACACACACACACACACACACACACACACACACACACACACCACUGCGUCUCUGGCUGCAGAGCGACAAACUAAAGGAUUUCUGAAGGGAACUUUAAAACUAUGUCACUCUGUAAGAUGCAAUAUUCAGAUGUGGAGAAUCUAAAAAAA